UUGAGACUCCAUUACUCCCUGUUUUGUGAUAAUCUGGGUUGUGCACACAAACAAUAAUGUCUGAAGAAGGAAGAAACGGGCAUCACCCAUUGUUAAGAGGAGGAAGAAGAAGUAAUGAAAAGUACAGCCAUGGUUUCUCAUCCUCUCAAAUCCAGUCAUUGGCUGCCAUCUGUGAAGCUUUCAUCCCUCCCAUUGUGCCUCCGCCUAACCCUAGCCCUAAUCAAUCUGUUUCUUCCUUCUAUUCAGCUACUGGAUCUCAGCCUCCUGUUCCUCAAGAGACUGCAGAGAAAAUGAUGAAGAGAUACCCACCAGAGGCAGUGUUCUUGGUGAAAUUGAUUCUAAUGCUUCUAUCCACUAAAUUGGGAACCCUUUUAGUCUGUGGCUCCAUAUGUUUCGACACCAAAUGGCCAUUUAUUCACAGCUUUCAUGAUCUAAAUUUGAACAAAAGAGAAAAAAUUCUUCAGAAAUGGUCAAAUACAUACACAUCUUACAUCCCUCUCAGACUUGUCUUCCUAGUGCUCAAGCUUAUGGUCUUCUACAUAUUCUUCUCACUCACUGAUGAAAAUUCAGAUAACCCCUCAUGGGAAGCCAUCGGAUACAAAGUCAAAUCAACAAACAAAACCUCGAACAAUAAAAAAGAGAGACCACUUGAUCAAGGUGUUAUCGAAACCGAGAAAGAAAGUGAUGCAAGUUUUAAAAAGUUGGUUAAAAACAAAGGACUUGAAUUGAUUGAAGAUGAUGAGAACGGUUUUUACAACAUCAAAUGUGACGUGGUAAUCGUCGGAUCCGGUUGUGGUGGUGGUGUUGCCGCCGCUGUCCUGGCCAGCUCCGGCCAGAAAGUGGUGGUUAUUGAAAAAGGUCAUUACUUUUGCCCCGAUGAUUACUCGCUUUUAGAAGGUCCUUCAAUGAAUGAACUAUAUGAAAAGGGCGGGGUGCUCUCGACAUUAGAUGCCAAAGUCAUGAUUUUGUCCGGCUCAACUCUAGGUGGCGGCUCCGCCAUUAAUUGGGCGGCCUCCAUCAAGACGCCGGAGGACGUUCUUGAAAAUUGGGCGGUGGAUAAAAAGAUUCCGAUGUUUGGGACCGCCGAAUACCGCUCCGCCAUGGAAAUCGUCUGCAAGAGAAUUGGUGUUACCGAGACUUGCACCAACGAAAGCUUUCAAAACAAAAUGCUCCGGCGAGGGUGCGAGAAUCUCGGCUUGACCGUGGAGGCGAUACCGCAAAACUCAUCGGAAAAUCAUUAUUGUGGUUUGUGUGGUUACGGGUGUAAAACGGGUGACAAAAAAGGCACCGACUCAACUUGGCUAGUCGACGCGGUGGAAAACCGUGCGGUGAUCUUCACCGGUUGCAAAGCAGAAAGGAUCGUAAUAGAUGACCGGAAAAGAUGUCGAGGCGUGAUCGCCACCGCCGAAAGUAGCACCAUCACUCGAAAACUCCGGUUCGAGUCACGGGUCACGAUUGCCGCCGGCGGUUCCCUCUCGACACCGCCGUUGUUGGUUUCAAGCGGGCUAACGAACCGCCACAUAGGACGGAACCUACACCUACAUCCUGUGUUACUAGCAUGGGGACACUUCCCGUCAGCUUCAGGAGUUGAAACUGACGGGAAGUGUUAUGAGGGAGGUAUCAUUACCUCCCUUCAUAAAGUCAGAGAACCAUCAUCAGAUGUUAACGAAAACGUUAACGUCCGGGCGAUUAUAGAAGUCGCCUCAUUGGGACCGGCGACAUUCGCGUCUAUGUUUCCGUGGGUAUCGGGGGCGGAUAUGAAGGACAACUUGGUAAAAUACUCGAGAAUUGUGAAACUUUUUUCAUUAGUGAGAGAUGAAAGUUGCGGUGAGGUUAGGGAAGUGGGGAAGAUCAAGUACCGAUUCAACGAGACAGAUAAAGAGAAUCUAAGAAUCGGUUUACGACAAGCGUUGAGGAUUCUUGUUUCCGCGGGUGCGGAAGAAGUUGGAACAUUCCGGAACGACGGGCAACGGAUGAAAACCAGAGGAAUUAAGGAUUCGGAUUUGGAGGAGUUUCUUGAUGAUGUGUCGGCUGUUGGAGGGCCGAAAUCAAGAGGUGUGAAUUGGACUACAUAUGGGUCAGCCCAUCAGAUGGGGAGUUGUAGAAUGGGUUGCAAUGAAGAAGAAGGUGGUGUGGAUGUGAAUGGAGAAACUUGGGAAGCAAAAGGGUUGUUUGUUUGUGACGCCAGUGUACUACCGACAGCUGUCGGAGUAAAUCCGAUGGUUACUAUUGAAUCGACUGCUUAUUGCAUAUCUAAGAAAAUAGCUCAGGCAAUGGAGAAAGGGAUGUAUUCCGAUUAAUUUUGGAAAAUGAAGGUUUGUGAGUUUUUAAUCAAUUAAUUGUAUUUGUAUUUAUGAGAUUAUAUUAUAUUUGUUACAUAAAUAAAGUUUUCAAUAAAGAAUCAUUACAAAUAGCACAUAA